AUGUAACAGAAUCAAACAGGCAGUUGUCUCAGCGAGAUGGAAUCGUACAAGCCAUGGGAUACCGGUAUAGCCGAAGAUGUCUUGUUAUCUUGGAUUACUAAUACCGGUAGAAGGGAAAAAAAAUGGAAGAACUCGGAUGGCAUCAUGGUGAUGAUGUUGGUGGAACCUUGCGUGCUUUACACGAGGAUUUUGAUGCAGGGCAGGACUUUGACUGCUGCUGGAGAUAUGAUUUCUGAAACGUCUCCCGCUCGGGCCUGGUUUCAUCAUUAUUUUAACCUCGACUCCUUUUUACGGAGCAUGAUAAUGUGGCGUCCAGAUGAUAUUUCAUGGAAAUAGCUAUCGGGAGCAAAGCUCUUAGCCACUUGUGUAAUUUCGCAUAUAUAGUCAUCAUAACAAAGAAGCGAUUAGAUUGACUGGCUAUGUGGAGUUUACUUAAGAAAAACCACCUAUUCUUUCUUUUUGACAAAAGAUUCAUGGUUGUUAUGAAUGCUGGUGGAAUCAUCGGAAAGGAAGGCUCAAAUAUCAACCAGCUUCGGAAGAAGUACAAUGCCACCAUAACAGUGCCCGACUGCAGCGGGCCAGAGCGCAUCCUUACUGUAACGAUGGAAGUGGAGGCGGCUUUGGAGUGCAUCCAGGAAAUAAUCCCCUUAUUGGAUGAGAACAAGCAGAAUCCAGAGCAUUGCUCAGUACGUGUCUUGGUUCAUCAGAGUCUUGCUGGAGCUAUCAUCGGCAAAGAAGGAUGCAAGAUUAAGGAGAUGAGGGAGCAAAUUGGAGCGCACAUCAAGGUUUACUCUCGCGUGUGUCCCAAUUCGACCGACAGAGUUGUCCAGGUUGGAGGCACACCAGAUAAGGUCAUUGAUGCUUUGAGGGAGCUCCAGAAACUCAUCAGCACUACACCAAUCAAGGGCCCUGACCAACCGUAUGACCCCUAUUGCUUUGAGCCUUUCCUUGCCCUUGACUAUGGGGGCUACACCGGCUCCGAUAAUAAGAAGAUGGGAGCUGGAGGAGGAGGAGGAGGGGGUAUGGGGCGUAACAUGGGCUAUAGAGGAGGCCGGUAUGGAGGAGGAGGAGGAGGUGGACGUGGUAUGGGAUUUGACUACUUAGGCGGAGGAGGAGGAGGAGGAGGUGGAGCGUAUGGAGGACGAGGGAUGUUCGGCCAUCCACCGUUGGGUGGUUUAGGGGGAGGAAGGAGAGGAGGAAGGGGCGGAGGAGGCCCAGGAGGAGGAGGAGGCCCGGGAGGAGCACCGAGCGGCGGAGGAGGGAGAAUGCCAGAACCGCUUGCACUGGGAUUAGGCAAUAGUGGGAGAACCAGUCUUGAAUCAUUGGAUAGUACUGAGAAGACCACUCAAGUAACCAUUCCUAAAGAUUGUGCUGGAGCCAUCAUCGGCGCUCGAGGCUGCAGAAUUCGCCAGAUCCGAACCCAGAGCCGAGCAACGAUAAAGAUCGAAGACUCCAAGCCCGACUCCAAUGAACGCAUCAUUACCAUUACUGGGACGGAAGAACAGAUAAGCUAUGCUCAGUACUUGCUUCAAGAAAGUGUAAGGAAUUACUCUGGAGCCAAAUAUUAGUGGACUUUGAGAGAUGUCUUCUAACGUCGCCGUUAUCAACUACACAGCUUCAUACAUCUUGAUAAACCAGGCAACAUACCUAGCUUCAUCCACUUUGCUGAAAUAAGGCUACGUGCAUUCGUAAAAUCUUUCUUCAUAAGAAUUCAAUGUUCAUUUAUAAAUUCAGCUCACUUGGUGGUAAAUGAAAUAAAUUCAAUUUGGAUUUGAAUAUUUUUUCAAUAUAAUUGACAUUUUUUACUGAUAGUUAGUAUGUCACAUGACAAAAUGAUUAUUUUAUAGAAUCCACCACUCCUUUGUGCAGUGACUUUGUUCAUUAAUAAUUUUACUGUGAAUUGUAGUGUUUUGCUUGUCGAGGGUUGGGAAGUGGGUCUUCGCUCAAAGACGGAGAUUCUCGGAGAAAAGCGAUAUUUUGAUAACUUUCUACCACAGCAAGAAAAUGUAUGGGGAUAUGGUGAUGUACUAUUUUGCUUUUUUUAAUGUUGGCAAUAGGCAGUUGAAUUGAGAUAAGGCUUCUCUAGGUGUUACAGAUGGUUUCAGUAUCAAUCUUACAGAAGGGCGGAAAACGUGAGCUACGUCCUUAUGAUUGCCAAUGCUCAAUUUGAGAUGAGAAAUCUGAAGGAAUACAUAGACCUGUUGAACCAAUGCAAGAUUAAAAGAAAUUCAUUUCAUCUUAAUAUGUAUAUACACACUGUUGGAACAGUAAGUGAUGAUGAUCCUCUAAAGUUCCAUUGCUAAAAGCAAACAUAAAAAAUAAUUUCUCCAUGACAAAUUUGGUGUUCAGGAAGGUUUUGGUGAAUAAUCUUGACAUUUUUCCUUAUUUCUCAUGUUUUUCAAUUCUCUAUGCUCUCUUUGAUCCAUUUAUCUUAAAUUCCACUAGUAUCAAGAAUUUGGCCAAAAUUGAUAUGAAGCCUUGCUCAAGUUUUUAUUAUCUUUAUAUUUGUUUCAAAAGAAGUCACAAUGGAAGAUUAUUCAGCCUCCCUGACUUGCCACUUCAAUCUAACGAGUUUAAUUAAAGAGCAAGAUAUAACUCCAAUUCUGUGAGACACUUUUUUAAAUGUUAUCACUAGGUAUUUUUUUACGCGAUUGAAAUAUUUUACAAGGAUUUUAUUAAUGGUUUAACAUGUAUAGAUAUUUAUUAAUAAGGAACAAAUAAUACAAAUGCUUUGUUUAUACAGUAUUCUUCUUUGUAUAAAGUUACAAGAAUGCUUCUUUUCAUAAGAUGUGCAUUGUUGUCUCUUAAAUAAUAAUGGGCAGAAGUCCCACCCCACCCCCCCCCCUCAGCACCACAUCUGUUUUAAUUCAUGCUUUUAUCACUUACAUUUUUAGCUAUGGUAAUAACUCAAAUUGAACUUGCCAUAUUUUUAGCAUGUAAAAUGUUAAUAUUUUGUGCUGUACAUACAUAGCUCAAAAUUCCUUUAGAAAAUAUGAUGGAAUGACAAUAAAUUUUUGCAUUAAUCAAAAGCUGUUGAAUCGUUAGACUAACAGAACUAUAAUCAUGUUAAAUCAAUUUUACAUAAAGGAUUGAAGGUAAAAUGCAAAUAAAAUGGAUGUAUUAAGGAAUUAACUAUAAACAGUGGAGAUUAAUAGAAAAUAAAAUCAUGAAUUACCUAAUGAAUGAAAAUGGCUACCAUACUGAUCACAGAAUAAACAGUGCACCAAAUUUAUGUCUUUAUUUUAUAGGAAAUACAGAUAUCUGCAUCUGUUGGGUUUGUUUUAAUUUUUU